AUGAUUGACCAGAGUGCCAAAGUCUUCGACUACCUCAAAGCCCUCAGCGAUAAAUGGACGAAGCCCAGUCAGGAUAUCGAGUUAAUCUCCGAUGAGUUCGACCGCGAAUACAUGAGGCAAUACGUCCAGAACCCUCCCCCGGGCAGGGCGCUCGGGAAGCCCAAGGCUCCCCGAUACAUCAAGCAAUGGGGAUUGCGCACGCUAUGGUGCUAUUGGAUUGACAAGCAUCUAGACCUUAUUGAGCAAGUGCAGAGUGCCUGGCAUGGAGUGGCCAAGUCGAAGAUGGAAUCAAUCAAGUCGACGGCUGCAACGAAAUUUGCGUCGCAAACUACGAUGACUGGAGACGCGGCGGUCGAUCGAACGCUUAGGGGAGCUGGACUCACGCACUUCGCUAAACAGAACCAAUUCUCGUACACCUCACUUGUUACCACUCCCAUAUGCCAUGAUAAGGAGUCGAUUUGGUUGUCAGCGGGCAAUGCUGAGCCUACGUUCUCGAAAGAUACGGGAUAUACUCAGGAAGACUAUACCCGCGACGAACGAAAACAGGCGAUGGGAUUUGUGGGCGAACAACAGUAG